UCAAAGAUGAGUCGGAACCCUGAUUUAUUCUUCUACGUAUGCAUUGCAAAACAUACUACGAUUCUUGCUGAAUUCAAUUCCAAAGAUGCAGAUCUUGGCGAUUUAGCUAAGAAGUGCCUAGACAGAACGCCAUCCUAUCAUUCCAUCUUCUCCCAUACUGUUCAUGGUCAAACAUACAUGUUCUUCAUCCUUGAUCCUUUUGUAUAUUUUGGAAUCUUUGAUGAAUUGCUCGAGAAACCCGAGUGUUUAUCAUUUCUCAUGAGUAUAAAAGAUGAGUUUACUAGUAUGAUAGAUGAGUGUAGUUCUGGCACGAUGAAGCAGCGUUUGCAUUCUCCAAAUUCACAUUGCUUCCAAGGAGAACUUAGUCCCGUAUUUCAACAUCUUAUGGGAUCAUAUUCAGAAUUCAAUAUCACGUUCUCGCCAAUAGGUUUGAAAGGAGAUCAUCGUGAGAGUUUAGAAUAUGUUAGGAGGAAUAAUUCUUCCUUGGAGGGCUUAAAGAUGAAGAAAAGGUUUUUUGGAGAGGCUAACAAGGAUGAACUAGAGGAAGAAAAGUUGGAUGCUUUAUCUGAUGACGACAUAACCGUUUCAAGUGGUCGUAGGUUGCAAAAGGCUAAGUACAUUUGGAAAAAACAAGUCAUGGUGGUUUUGUCUAUAGAUUUCAUAGUUUGUGUUGUAUUCUUCCUGAUAUGGCUUUGGGUUUGCAGAGGUUUCCAAUGUAUUGCUAGUUAG